UAAUAAUAUUCAAUUGUAUACAAUAUAGUCGAGAAACCGGUACACUGUCGAGACAGUUUAUUGGGACAUGAAAACGUAUCGUAAUAACCUUAAUAGUAGAUGUAAUUUUAAACGUUUUAAGAAGAAAGAUUUUACUUUAUUGUUUCUCAUUUAGCAUAGCUAGUACUGGAGUCGGCUGUGAUAAAACAUAAAAUAUGUGUAUUUACAAUAUGUAAUAACUUGCAAUGUGAUAUUGGUGGUAAACUGUAAACAUAACCUUGACUUUCAUGUGUUAUCUAUAUGACUAUGUAGGAAUCGUUAGGAAGUACUAAAAAACAUCAAGCAUGUUCUCUGUUAGUUUGGUAACGUUAGAUAGUUACCAAUCGGUUCCUAUACCUGAUAUGGACAUAACAUUUUCACAUUUUCGUGGGUCAGACAUUAGACAAGUUCCAGUCAUUAGAAUAUUUGGCUCUACUCCUUUUGGAAUAAAAACGUGUUUACAUAUACACAAUGUGUUUCCAUACAUUUAUGUGCCAUGUACAAUAAAAGACAAUAUCGAUAGUUUCAUGUAUAAAUUAGCUACAGCUAUAGAUUCUGCAAUCAAUGCAUCUCUGGGAUCAACAACGUCUAGCACUCAACAUGUUUAUAAUGUUCAAAGAGUUUCUGGAAUUCCUAUUUACGGAUUUCAUGAGAAAGAACAUUUAUUUUUAAAAAUUUACUUUUAUAAUCCAGUAAUGGUUAAGCGAGCAGCUAAUCUUUUAGAGAAUGGCACAGUACUUAAUCAAAAUUUGCAACCAUACGAAGCUCAUAUUCCUUUUAUUCUGCAAUUUAUGAUAGACUAUAAUCUUUAUGGUAUGAGUUUAAUAAAUUUAACGAACGUUAAACAUAGACAACGUACAUGCACAGAAUCAAAAGAAAAUUUCCAGGAUGAAAACUUGUCAUCUUUAUCCAAUUCACAAAUGUAUUUGCCUACAUCUGUCGUUAGACAGAGUACAUGCAAAUUGGAAGUAGAUGCGCAAGCAAUUGAAAUACUCAAUAGGCAAGAAAUAAAAAAUGCUUUAGAUUUAAAUCCUGGUAUUGCAGCAAUUUGGAGCAAUGAAAAAUGUAGAAGAGCAGCUGCAGGUUUUCAAGAUGCUGAAUCACAACUAUUAUAUUCAAAGUCUAAUAAUAGAGUUUAUACUGUAACAGAUAACGAUAUUUAUCAAGAGAAAAGAUUAGAACAAAGGCUACAAAUUAUUUCACAGAUCAAUGAAACUGCAUCAUCAGUAACAUCAAAUACACUCAGUUAUCCUCUAGAAGUAGAAAAUGAAGAUAAUUCAAUUAAUGCUUCGUCCGUGUUAGAUCAUUUCAAAUUAUGUACAGUAAAUGAAGGAAAUAAAAGAGAAAUAGGUUUGAACAACCAGCUCCUAAGUUUUGAUAACUCUGAUAUAUUGAAACAAACUUUAUCUCUAGAUAAAAGCAUAGAGGCUAGUAUAUUGGAUGCUGAAGAUAUACAUUUAUUGGAAAUGUUAGUUAAUUUAGCAGGAUCGAGCGAAGAAGAAAAAAUUGUAGAUGAUGAUAGUAUGUUGGGUUCUCAGUAUUCUAUAUUGACCGAUCAAAUCAAAGAGGAUAAUGAAGACGAAGUUGAAGAUCUAAAUAUUACGAGCCUUGAUUUAAAUAGUCUUAGUUCGUGGAAUUCAGUUACUAAAUCGCCUAGUCAAUCAAGUAUAGCUGAAGUUGAAAAUUGCAAAGAAACAGCUAUUACGCUCGAAGAUGAUAUUAAAGAGAUAUUUUUAUCAGAUUUUCCACAAUAUGAUGGUUCAAAUGAUUUGCUUUUAACAAGUGGAAAAGAAUUAUCAAAAAAUUUGGUCACUAAUAAAUUAGAAAAACAGAAGGGAAUAAGUGGUUGCACAAUGCUCAUUGAAUCGAGUAAAAAACAAACACAUAAAUAUAAAAGGAAACAAAGGAAAUCAAUGCAAGUUAUCGAACAAAAUGUAUCGUAUGCAUAUUCUGGGAAAAUGUUAAAUGAGUCUCAAUUAGAUCAUCAAGAUUUAGAUGUUUAUGAUGUAGAUGAGGUAGAACAUGCAUUAUCAUUAAUUAAUUGUAUAAGUUUAAAGCGUACAGCGGAUAUUAACGAAAAUUAUUCUAAACAAAUUUAUUGUAACGAGUUACAUUUCAAUAUACCGGCAUUUGAUGGUAAUACUGUUGAUAGUUCUGAUUCUGAAUUAGAUCAAGAUGUUACCAUUGAAAGACAAGAAAAACGCAUUUGUGCUUAUAAGUCGAGCACAAAAUCUAAAAAUGAAGUUAAUGUUGUUAAUCCUACAUUGAAAAAACGGAGGCUGGGAGUUGAAAACUCUGGUUUGGAGUCUCCUAGUAAACGGUAUAAAAUCAAUUCAGAUUUAUUACAAAAUGAAUCGCAGUGCACCCCAACCAAAAUAAGAGGCUUACAAAGUCCUCAUUCUUUAUCAAGGAAAUAUUCUCCGCUGAAUAUAAAGAUAAUAUCUCCAAAAGCAAAUAAAAAUUUAGAACAAAAUUAUUCUACAAGAAAUGAACCAUGUAGUUCAAAAUCAACUUGUAUUACCCCAAAACGGAAUAGACAUCAAUUAGAAAUGAAUUUGCCUUAUGAUAACGUUUAUGGUCUGCCUUCUGAGACAAUACGAGUGUACUCUGAAAGAAACAGAUGUGAAAGUAUUAACGAACCGUGCCUCGAUAAAUGUAACGAUAUUGCACGUAGUAUAAAUAUAAAUAAGGCGUUUAUUGAUUCAGAGAAAAAGGAAUAUGAUACAUUAGAAACAAAGUAUGUACAACAUUUUACACCUAAAACUAAUAAAGAGGUUCGUAAACGAUUAAGUUUUUUUAAUAUUAAUGAAAAGGAAAUCGAUCCUAUGAAGGAUGAUAUUGAUGAAAGUCAUUCUGAACAUUUGUCUUUAGCAGAAAAAAUAACAAAUAAAUCAUCUGAAAACGAUGGUUUUGCUAAUCAUAAAUGUUCCGUAAUAACGUGCACAAGGAAGGACGAGAAAAUAAAUUGUGAACAUAAGUUACUUAAUGUAUCCAAAAGUAAUGUAGAUUUAUACUUAGAGAAUCUUUCGCAUGAUUCAACGGAAGAGAACGAAGAAGAAAGAUUUGAAAUACCCCUUGAAGACGAAGAAAAUAUUUGUAAUAUGAUGUAUACGCAGUAUCUUAACAAGAAAUUGGAAUCAGAAUUAAACAAUUUCAGUUCUGUGUGUGUAGAAACUGUAGGUGAUAUUACAAAAGAUAAAUUAGUGACUAUUACUACGAGAUUUAAUCCACCAAGCAGAGAAAGAAUUAUAGACAGCAUGAAAACAUAUGACAUUUCAAAAUGUAAAUCAAGCGGACCAUUUUUUAGUAAUAAAAUUGAUCUUAUAAAACAAAAAGAAAAUUCAAAUAAAAAGAACAUUAACGAUUUGAUUUCAUUUAAAUCUAGCUUGAACAGAGUUACAGGUAUUAAACUUUGGCGUAGAAUUAAAAUAAAUGAGUUUUAUCCUUCCGGAGCAAGUAUAAAGUCUUUUGAUAUAAAAAGAGUACUUGCAGGAUAUAAUUCAGUAACAAUUCAGCCUCUUAUUCAUCCACCGACCGCAAAAAGCAUUAAAACUUGGUUACGGGCCAAAGAAUAUUUAUUAAAAAGAAAUAAUAAAAGUACAGAAAUAAAAAAUAAUUCAAGUAUUAUAAACAAUGCCAAGAAGACAAAAUUAAAUUUAUCAGACUCAAAUUGUGAUAAAAAUAUAAUAGAACAUGUUGAUAUCGAAGAACAUAGUACAGUUAAUAGAACGAUCAUUGAUAAUAAUAAAGAUAGAAGAGAAGAGUUGAAAAUUACUAAUAGUUCACAAUGUUCCAGAGAAUCUAAUGAUACUCCCAAUCAUUCUUUACAAAAAAUGCUUGAAAAUCCAUUGUUAUAUAAAAAUAAUGAUACACAGCAACGUUUUGGAGUUUCGUAUGGGCAGAUUGAAUACACUGUCAAAGAACAUAGUGGUAACAUCGCAGACGAAAAUUUUCAAAAUGCCAGAGGGCUAUCCGUGCAUCAAUAUCUAACACUAUUAUCUUUGGAAGUGCAUGUUGUUUCACGUGACAAACUUCUUCCUGAUCCAGAACAUGAUUCGAUCGAAGCAAUAUUCUAUGCUAUUCAUAACGAUGUCCCAUUAUCCUCACAUACCGAACAAAUGGAACAUGGUGCCAUUGUUGUAAAUUCUUGUACAGAUAAUUCAAAAUUAAAAACCAUUUAUUCAAUUGGUACUACAUGCCCUACAUCAUACGUAUCGAGCGAAGAGGAUUUAUUAAAAAGUCUUGUAAUAUUGAUUAGACACUGUGAUCCAGAUAUUUUAGUCGGAUGGGAGAUAGAAUCCCUUUCGUGGGGUUACAUUCUGCAGAGAGCUUCCAAUAUUGGAUUUAAUGACUUCAUAUGGCAGAUUUCGAGAAUCUCAAACGUUACUCCUACGUAUAAAGGACAAACAUCAGACAAAGACAAUUUAUAUGAUGCAAAAAUACCUGGUCGAAUUAUUCUUGAUGUUUGGAGAAUAAUGCGACAUGAAAUAGCGUUAUUGAAUUACACAUUUGAAAAUAUAAUGUAUAACGUUUUACAUGAAAGAAUUUCGUGUCCUACUUUUCAAACUUUAACUGAGUGGUGGAAACAUAAAAAUGUAACGAUGCAAUGGAGAGUUAUAAUGCAUUAUGUUACGAGAGUUGUUGGUACGCUGAGAAUAUUGAUACAGCUUGAUAUUAUUGGACGAACAUGUGAACAUGCACGACUUUUUGGAAUACAGUUUUACGAAGUUUUCUCGCGAGGCUCUCAGUUUCGAGUCGAGUCGAUGAUGUUGAGACUUGCAAAACCAUUGAAUUACAUUCCUAUCUCACCAUCCGUGCAACAACGAGCUAAAAUGCGAGCACCUGAAUCCCUACCACUUAUCAUGGAACCAAAAUCUGCAUUUUAUACCGAUCCAUUGAUAGUUCUUGAUUUUCAAAGCUUGUACCCAAGCAUUAUUAUUGCUUAUAAUUAUUGUUUCUCUACUUGUUUAGGCCGUAUAGAACAUAUUGGCCACCACGAACCGUUUGAGUUUGGCGCAGCUACGUUAAAAGUGACAAAAAGUACCGCGGAAAAAUUACAAGGAAAAAUAAACUUCACGCCUUGCGGGGUAGCUUUUGUCAAACCAGAAGUACGACUAGGAAUACUGCCGCGUAUGCUCACAGAAAUUUUAAAUACACGGCUAAUGGUAAAAGAAUCCAUGAAAAUCCAUGGAAAUAAAAAUCGUGUGUUGCAACGUGUUCUUCAUUCGCAACAAUUAGGUCUGAAAUUAAUUGCAAACGUUACUUAUGGCUAUACGGCUGCUAAUUUUAGUGGAAGAAUGCCCUGUAUCGAAGUUGGAGACAGUGUCGUUAGUAAAGGCAGAGAAACAUUAGAACGAGCGAUUAAAAUUGUAGAAUCUACGCCAAAAUGGGGAGCACAAGUCGUUUAUGGAGAUACAGAUUCGUUAUUUAUCCUUUUGCCUGGAAAAUCAAGAGAAGAUGCAUUUAUUAUCGGAGCGGAAAUUGCUGAUACUGUCACUGCAGCUAACCCUCCACCUAUAAAACUUAAAUUUGAAAAAAUUCUACAACCAUCCAUACUACAAACUAAAAAGAGAUAUUGUGGUUACAUGUAUGAAUUUCUCGAACAAAAAGAACCCGAAUAUUUAGCUAAGGGUAUUGAAACUGUCCGUAGAGAUGGUUGCCCGGCUGUGGCUAAAAUACUCGAGAAAUCAUUGAAGAUUUUAUUCGAUACUAAAGAUCUUUCCUUAUUAAAGCUGUAUGUCACCAGGCAGUUUGAUAAAAUUUUACGCAAAAAAAUAUCAAUUCAAGAUUUAACAUUUGCAAAGGAAUUUCGUGGUUUACGAGGCUAUAAAGCCAGUGCUUGCGUACCCGCGUUAGAAUUAACACGAAGAUUAAUUCGGAAAGAUCCUCGAGCAAUACCUCGUACAGGAGAACGAGUACGAUACGUUAUAGUAGCAGGCGCACCAAAUCAACCGCUUAUCCACUGUGUGCGAACUCCCAUGGAAGUGAUUCUAGAUGAGGGCUUGAAUCCAAAUUCUAUAUAUUAUAUAACGAAAGUGAUUAUACCACCCCUUAAUCGAUGUUUAAACCUAGUCGGGAUUGAUGUCAAUACAUGGCACAGGGAAAUGUCCCAUCGACAAACGCUUGAUAAAGCAGUCAGUCUGUUUACAGAUAAUCAAAAGUCAACUAUUCGACAAUUUUUUAGUUCCGUCAUGUGUGUCGUUUGUGGAGAUCAAACGCAGAAGGAUAUCUGCAACAAGUGUAUGACAAAUUCAAGUCAAACAGUGACUAUUCUGCAUGAGAAAAUGAGAUGGCUGGAACGAACUCAUUCCGGACUUAAUGCAAUUUGUCAGUCUUGUACUGGUUACUUGGAGGAUGCAAAAUGCGAAUCAUUGGAUUGCCCGGUUUUAUAUCGUUUAGCUCAAGCUCGAAGAGAUCUCAUUCAAAUACCUUACUUGAACAAUAUUGUUUAUAAUGGUGAAACUCUCCUUACAGAAGAAAGGAACGUAAAACAAUAGAGGUUUGCAUAUAGCUCGAAGCCUAAUACAUCUCGAGCAAUCGAAUUUUGUUACUAUUUAAAUUUCCUCUGGGCACUGGUCCUGUGCUACCAGUUAAUACAUGUUCCUCAUUUACA